UGAGAGUUACAAGAGCCCAGCCCUAGACUGGGUGCUGCCCACUCGGUGCACUCCUGCGGCAGGGAUACCACGCGAGAGAGCCUGCUCGCCGGGGCUCAGCUACCGCCUCCAGGAAUCCAGGACAGGAUCGGGGUCUGGGCAGAAGCAGCGAACGGGACCGAAGCCGGGCAUGGCCGUGCCGGGCAGCUGAAGGCCACGGACCCGCAGGUUGGGAAGUUGGAAGAAACGUUACCAAAGGAUUGGCAAGUGACGAGAAGGGAAUUCCUGGGGCGGUUCCGGCCUGGACCAAAGUCCUAGAAAGAUGGAGAAGGAGGAGGAAGAGACCCGGGAGAUUCUGCUCCCCGACUGGGAAGGCAUUGGCUCUCGCGGACUUACCAUCGACCAGACGAACGAAGGCGUUUUCGUGAAACAGGUUCAACAGGACUCACCCGCUGCCAAAGCAGGCAUUGUGAAAGAAGGGGAUCAGAUCGUGAGUGCCACAAUCUACUUCGACAACCUGCAGUCCGGGGAAGUCACAGAGCUCCUGAAGAACGUGGGCCACCACACUGUCGGCCUUCGGCUGCAGAGGAAAGGUGACCGGUCUCCAUUGCCAGGACAGUCUUGGUCCCAUGACGUCUUUGCCUCAAGGAGUCCAGAGGUUGUUUUGAGCGGAGACGACGAAGAGUACAAACGGAUUUACACCACAAAAAUCAAGCCUCGCCUUAAAUCGGAAGAUGGCUUGGAAGUCGAGCACACAGGAACCCAAAGCAGAACCAUCACAGUCACCAAGAGAGUUACUGCUUACACUGUCGACGUCACAGGUCAUGAGGGUGCCAAAGAGAUUGACAUCAGCAGCCCAGAGUUUAAAAUCAAGAUUCCGAAACAUGAACUCACCCACGUUUCCAAAGCCGAGAUUGAAACAGAACCUGGGAAAACUGUCAUCAAGAUUCCACACGUUGACUUGUCGGGGAGAACAACUACCCAGAUAACAGACUCCCACGCUGGGGUGAGAGGAAGACCUGACAUUACGUAUACCGGACCAACUAUUGAGUCGCCCUCUCAGAGGUUGGAGUUUGGUGUUCCUGGUAUCCACAUGGAACAGCCUAAGGUUGGGAAAACUGAUAUUCGAAUAUUUGGGCCUCAUGUCACAGGUGUAGAUAUGAGAACCCAGACUAACUUUAUACCAGGAGGCCAGGAAGCUGGUUUCCAUGUUACAACGCCUGAAGUGAAUGGGAAAGGAGGUAGGGGUAAAAUCCAAGGUGAUGUGGGAGGGCUGCAAGCUGAUUUAUCAUUGCCCCACCUCAAGGGUCCUUCAGUUGGUAUUUCAGGACCCCAAAUUCAAGGUGAACUGAAAGGUCCAAAAGUGGACAUCCCCAGUGCCAGCGUCGGAGGCAACAUCAAAUCUCCAGAUAUCAACAUUGGAAGCACAGGAAAGAUGGCGUUUCCUGCAAUGAAAAUGCCCAAAUUUGGUAUAUCCUCCUCAGUUUCUGAUGUUGAGGUUCCUCAGCUUGAUGCAGUGGCUCCAUCAGUGUCAAUAAAAGGCCCAGAAGUGUCCUUGAAAGGCUCCAAAUGGGCCAUGGGAGAACCUGGAAUCUCACAACCACAGGUGGACGUGGGCCUGAAAGGUGUGGACUUGAAGGGUGGCCUGAAGACCACCUCUCCAACAUUGGAAGGCCCCAAGGUGGCUAUCAAAGGUCCUGUGGUGGAUCUUGGGGCUCCAGAUGUCAGUCUUGAAGGGGGCGAAGGAAAACUGAAAAUACCCCACAUGAAACUUCCUAAAUUUUCUGCACCAGAUCCUGCAGUGACUGUGACUGUUCCAAAAGGGGGACUUAACAUCUCAGGACCUAAAGUGGAUUUGCAAGCUCCCGAAGUGACCCUUGAAACAAACGUGAAAGGACCCAGAUUUGGCAAGCCUGAAAUAGUUGGUCAUACACCCCAGAUCUCUAUGUCAGAUGUUGACUUGAAUCUCAGAGGCCCUAAAGGGAAAGGCGCCAUGGACAUUUCAGGGCCAAGGGUGGAAGGCCAUUUAAAAGGGCCUGGAAUGAAUAUUAAGGGUCACAAACUAGAUAUUGAAACUCCCAAAGUUGACCUAAAAGGUCCAAAAGUCUCAAUGCCGUCCAUGCAAACAUCACCAGUAAAAGUCGCUGUGCCAGAUGUGGACUUGAAUGUCAAAGGGCCAAACCUAAAGGGUGAUGUGGCUGUUUCUGUGCCAAAGAUAGAAGGCAGCCUCAAGGGGCCCCAGAUGGAUCUCAAAGGCCCCAAAGUGGACAUCAAAGGCCCUGGAGGACAACUGAAGGGUCCUCAUGUCAAGAUGCCUGAAAUGCAUGUUAAGGCACCUCAAAUAUCCAUACCAGACAUUGACUUGAACUUGAAAGGCCCCAAAGUCAAGGGAGGUGUCGAUGUUUCCAUUCCAAAAGUGGAAGGAGAAUUAAAGGGCCCAGCAGUUGAUAUCAAGGGCCCCAAAUUGGACAUUGGAACACCAGAUGUCGAACUUCAUGGACCUGAACUCAAAAUGCCAAAAAUGAAAUUACCUAAGUUUGGUGUAAAAGGAGAAGCCCCUGAUGUGGAUGUCAGUCUUCCAAAGGGAAGUAUCGAUGUUUCAGCUCCAAAUGUAGACAUUGAAGCUCCCACCUUCAACAUCAAAGGUCCUGGAGGACAACUGAAAGGUCCCCAUGUCAAGAUGCCAGAAAUGCAUGUUAAGACCCCUCAAAUAUCCAUGCCAGACAUUGACUUGAACUUGAAAGGCUCCAAAGUCAAGGGAGGUAUCGACGUUUCCAUCGCAAAAGUAGAAGGAGAAUUAAAGGGCCCAGUUGUUGAUAUCAAAGGCCCCAAAUUGGACAUUGGAACACCAGAUGUUGAACUUCAUGGACCUGAACUCAAAAUGCCGAAAAUGAAAUUGCCCAAGUUUGGCGUGAAAGGUGAAGUGCCUGAUGUGGAUGUCAGUCUUCCAAAGGGAAGCAUCGAUGUUUCAGCUCCAAAUGUAGACAUUGAAGCUCCCACCUUCAACAUCAAAGGUCCUGGAGCACAACUGAAGGGUCCUCAUGUGAAGAUGCCAGAAAUGCAUGUAAAGACCCCUCAAAUAUCCAUGCCAGACAUUGACCUGAAUGUGAAAGGCCCCAAAGUCAAGGGAGGUGUUGACGUUUCCAUCCCAAAAGUAGAAGGAGAAUUAAAGGGCCCAGCUGUGGACAUCAAAGGCCCCAAAUUGGACAUUGGAACACCAGAUGUCGAACUUCAUGGACCUGAACUUAAAAUGCCGAAGAUGAAAUUGCCCAAGUUUGGCGUGAAAGGUGAAAUGCCUGAUGUGGAUGUCAGUCUUCCAAAGGGAAGCAUCGAUGUUUCAGCUCCAAAUGUAGACAUUGAAGCUCCCACCUUCAACAUCAAAGGUCCUGGAGGACAACUGAAGGGUCCUCAUGUGAAGAUGCCAGAAAUGCAUGUUAAGACCCCUCAAAUAUCCAUGCCAGACAUUGACCUGAAUGUGAAAGGCCCCAAAGUCAAGGGAGGUGUUGACGUUUCCAUCCCAAAAGUAGAAGGAGCAUUAAAGGGCCCAGCUGUGGACAUCAAAGGCCCCAAAUUGGACAUUGGAACACCAGAUGUCGAACUUCAUGGACCUGAACUUAAAAUGCCGAAGAUGAAAUUGCCCAAGUUUGGCGUGAAAGGUGAAAUGCCUGAUGUGGAUGUCAGUCUUCCAAAGGGAAGCAUCGAUGUUUCAGCUCCAAAUGUAGACAUUGAAGCUCCCACAUUCAACAUCAAAGGUCCUGGAGGACAACUGAAGGGUCCUCAUGUGAAGAUGCCUGAAAUGCAUGUUAAGACCCCUCAAAUAUCCAUGCCAGACAUUGACUUGAACUUGAAAGGCCCCAGAGUCAAGGGAGGUGUUGACGUUUCCAUCCCAAAAGUAGAAGGAGCAUUAAAGGGCCCAGCUGUGGACAUCAAAGGCCCCAAAUUGGACAUUGGAACACCAGAUGUUGAACUUCAUGGACCUGAACUCAAAAUGCCGAAAAUGAAAUUGCCCAAGUUUGGCGUGAAAGGUGAAGUGCCUGAUGUGGAUGUCAGUCUUCCAAAGGGAAGCAUCGAUGUUUCAGCUCCAAAGGUGGACAUUGAAGCUCCUGGAUUAGACAUUGAAGGACCAGAAGGCAGAAUAAAAGGUCCCAAAUUCAAGAUGCCUGAAAUGCAUGUUAAAACCCCUAAGAUCUCCAUGCCGGACAUUGACUUGAACUUGAAAGGGCCUAAAGUGAAAGGGGACUUUGACGUUUCUGUGCCGAAAUUAGAAGGUGGCUUGAAAGGUCCUGCGAUUGAUAUCAAGGGGCCCCAAGUGGACAUUGAUGUGCCCGACGUUGACAUUCAUGGUCCUGAAGGAAAAUUGAAGAUGCCCAAAAUGAAAAUGCCCAAAUUUGGAAUGCCAAGUUUCAAAGGGGAAAGCCCUGGCGUGGAUGUCAGUCUUCCAAAGGGUGACAUUAGUAUUUCAGGUCCCAACGUAGACGUUGAAGCUCCUGGACUGGACAUUGAAGGACCCGAAGGCAAAAUUAAAGGCCCCAAAUUUAAGAUGCCAGAGAUGAACAUCAAAGCACCCAAGAUAUCAAUGCCAGAUGUGGAUUUCAAUCUCAGAGGCCCCAAACUGAAAGGAGAUGUGGAUGUUUCCCUACCAAAGGUUGAAGGUGAUUUGAAGGGUCCAGAAAUUGACAUCAAAGGUCCCAAACUGGAUAUUGAUGCUCCAGAUGUCGACCUCCAUGGCCCAGAAGGAAAACUGAAAAUGCCCAAAUUCAAAAUGCCCAAAUUUGGAAUGCCUAGCUUCAAAGCAGAAGGUCCAGAGGUGGAUGUAAGUCUUCCAAAAGCAGACGUUGACCUUUCUGCUCCCAAAGUAGACAUUGAAGCACCAGGCUUGGACAUUGAAGGCCCAGAAGGAAAACUGAAAGGGCCCAAGUUUAAGAUGCCUGAACUGAAUAUCCAUGCACCCAAGAUAUCAAUGCCAGAUGUAGAUUUCAACCUGAAAGGGCCAAAAGUGAAGGGAGAUGUGGAUAUCUCUGGGCCAAAGAUAGAAGGUGACCUGAAGGGACCCAAGGUCAACAUUGAGGGUCCUAAUUUGGAUGUUGAUGUCCCAGAUGUGGAACUGGAGGGUCCUGAAGGAAAAAUCAAAGGUUCCAGAUUCAAGAUGCCAAAACUCAAUAUUAAAUCUCCUAAAAUCUCCAUGCCAGAUGUUGACUUGAAUCUCAAGGCCCCCAAAAUGAAGGGUGAAAUGGAUGUGACUGUCCCAAAGAUUGAGGGUGAUAUGAAAGGACCCAGCAUUGAUAUCCAGGGCCCCAAACUUGAUGCGGAUCUCCCAGAUAUUGACCUUGAAGGCCCAGAUGCUAAAAUUAAGAUGCCGAAGAUGAAGCUGCCCAAGUUUGGGAUGCCUGGCUUCAAAGGGGAAGGCCCUGAUGUUGACUUGAGCCUCCCCAAAGCAGACAUUGAUGUUUCAGGACCCAAAUUGAAUGCUGAUAUGCCGAGCAUAGACAUUGAAGGUCCAGAGGGAAAACUGAAAGGUCCCAAGUUCAAAAUGCCUGAAAUGCAUUUCAAGACACCAAAAAUCUCCAUGCCGGAUAUUGACUUAAACUUGAAAGGACCCAAGCUAAAAGGAGACAUUGAUGUUUCCACCCCAAAAUUAGAAGGAGAACUGAAGGGCCCCAACGUUGACAUCAAGGGUCCCACAGUAGACCUAACUGGCCCAGAUAUGGAUCUCCACAGUGAGGGGAAACUGAAAAUGCCAAAAUUGAAGAUGCCGCAUUUUAGCAUCUCGACGCCUAAACUGGAAGGCCCUGAUGUGGAUGUGAGCUUUCCAAAGGGAGAGGUCAACAUUGAAGGCCCGAAGUUAGAUGUGGAAGCUCCAGAAUUUGAUAUUGAAGGCCCAGAAGGGAAGCUGAAGGGUUCAAAAUUUAAGAUGCCAAAACUGAAUAUCAAAGCACCUAAGAUCUCCAUGCCUGAUGUAGACUUGAACCUUAAAGGCCCCAGAGCGAGAGGGGAGAUGGAUGUAACUGUCCCAAAUAUUGAAGGCAAUUUGAAAGGACCUCAAAUGGAUAUCAAGGGCCCCAAAGUGGAUAUUGAAGCUCCAGAUAUUGACAUUGAAGGCCCCGAAGGAAAAUGGAAGAGUCCGAAGUUUAAGAUGCCCGAAAUGCAUAUCAAGGCUCCAAAAAUCUCCAUGCCAGAUGUUGAUUUGAAUCUGAAAGGUCCCAAAAUCAAGGGUGAUGUGGAUGUUUCAGCCCCCAAACUUGAAGGAGACUUGAAAGGCCCAGAAUUUGAUAUCAGAGGAACCAAAUUGGAUAUUGACGUGCCAGAUGUUGAUCUCCAUGGGCCAGAGGGAAAACUGAAGAUGCCCAAAUUCAAAAUGCCCAAAUUUGGAAUGCCAGGCUUCAAAGGGGAAGGCCCAGAUGUUGACGUGAACCUCCCCAAAGCAGACAUUGAUGUUUCUGUUCCAAAAGUUGACAUUGAUGCUCCAAGCUUGGACAUUGAAGGACCAGAAGGAAAAGUGAAAGGGCCCAGAUUUAAGAUGCCUGACAUGCACUUCAAAUCACCCAAAAUUUCCAUGCCAGACGUUGAUUUCAAUUUGAAAGGCCCUAAACUGAAGGGAGAUUAUGAUGUUACAGUUCCAAAGCUGGAAGGUGACUUGAAAGGCCCAGACUUCAACAUUAAGGGUCCUAAGUUAGACAUAGGUGCUCCUGAUGUUGACAUUGAAGGCCCUGAAGGAAAAUGGAAGAGUCCGAAGUUUAAGAUGCCCGAAAUGCACAUCAAGGCUCCAAAAAUCUCCAUGCCAGAUGUUGAUUUGAAUCUGAAAGGUCCCAAAGUCAAGGGUGAUGUGGAUGUUUCAGUCCCCAAACUUGAAGGAGACUUGAAAGGCCCAGAAUUUGAUAUCAGAGGACCCAAAUUGGACAUUGAUGUGCCUGAUGUUGAUCUCCAUGGACCUGAAGGCAAAUUGAAGAUGCCCAAAUUCAAAAUGCCCAAAUUUGGAAUGUCAGGCUUCAAAGGAGAAGGUCCAGAUGUGGAUGUAAGCCUCCCUAAAGCAGACAUUGAUGUUUCUGUUCCAAAAGUUGACAUUGAUGCACCGAGCCUGGACAUUGAAGGCCCAGAAGGAAAAGUGAAAGGGCCCAGAUUUAAGAUGCCUGACAUGCACUUCAAAUCACCCAAAAUUUCCAUGCCAGACGUUGAUUUCAAUUUGAAAGGCCCUAAACUGAAGGGAGAUGUUGACGUUUCGGUUCCAAAGCUGGAAGGUGACCUGAAAGGCCCAGAUGUUGAUAUCAAGGGGCCUAAACUAGAUGUUGACCUCCCUGAUGUUGAGCUUGAAGGUCCCGAAGGAAAACUCAAAGGUCCCAGGUUUAAGAUGCCUGAUAUGCAUUUUAAGACCCCCAAAAUCUCCAUGCCAGAUUUUGACUUGAACUUGAAAGGUCCCAAAGUGAAGGGGGAUGUGGAUGUUUCAGUGCCAAAGUUGGAAGGUGAUCUGAAGGGUCCUGAAAUUGAUAUCAAAGGACCCAAACUAGACGUAGAUGUUCCUGAUGUUGAACUCGAAGGUCCAGAUGGGAAGUGGAAAGGCCCAAAAUUCAAGAUGCCAGAAAUGCACAUUAAGGCACCUAAGAUCUCAAUGCCUGACAUUGAUUUGAACCUAAGGGGUCCCAAAGUAAAAGGUGAUUUGGAUGUGUCUGUGCCAAAGUUGGAAGGUGACUUGAAAGGCCCAGAGGUGGAUCUCAAAGGGCCCAAAUUGGACGUUGACCUUCCUGAUGUUGACCUAGAAGGACCUGAAGGGAAGUUAAAGGGCCCCAAAUUCAAAAUGCCUGAAAUGCAUAUCAAAGCUCCUAAAAUCUCCAUGCCAGAUUUCGACCUGGGUUUGAAAGGACCCAAAGUGAAGGGGGAUGUGGAUGUUUCAGUGCCAAAGUUGGAAGGUGAUCUGAAAGGCCCUGAUGUCAACAUCAAAGGUCCUAAAGUUGGUGUAGAUAUUCCUGAUGUUGAGAUUGAAGGACCUGAAGGAAAACUCAAAGGGCCCAAAUUUAAGAUGCCAGAAAUGCAUUUUAAUGUUCCUAAGAUCUCCAUGCCGGACAUUGAUUUGAACUGGAGGGGUCCUAAAAUAAAAGGAGAUGCUGAUGUUUCUUUACCUAAAUUGGAGGGUGACUUGAAGGGCCCAAAUGUUGACAUCAAGGGUCCCAAACUGGAUGUUGACAUCCCUGACGUUGAGCUUGAAGGCCCCGAAGGAAAACUCAAAGGGCCCAAAUUUAAGAUGCCUGAAAUGAACAUCAAAGCACCCAAAAUCUCUAUGCCAGACUUUGACCUGAACCUGAAGGGUCCUAAACUGAAGGGGGAUGUUGAUGUUUCUUUGCCAACGGUAGAGGGGGAUCUGAAAGGACCAGAUGUUGAUAUCAAAGGUCCCAAAUUAGAUAUUGAUGCUCCUGACUUCAGUAUAGAUGGUCCAGAGGGGAAAGUGAAAGGCCCCAAGUUUAAGAUGCCUGAAAUGCAUUUUAAUGUGCCCAAAAUCUCCAUGCCAGACAUUGAUUUGAAUCUGAAAGGCCCUAAACUGAAGGGAGAUGUUGACGUUUCGGUUCCAAAGCUGGAAGGUGACCUGAAAGGACCAGAUGUUGAUAUCAAGGGGCCCAAACUAGAUGUUGACCUUCCUGAUGUUGAGCUUGAAGGUCCAGAGGGAAAACUCAAAGGUCCCAAGUUUAAGAUGCCUGAUAUGCAUUUUAAGACCCCCAAAAUCUCUAUGCCAGAUUUUGACUUGAACUUGAAAGGUCCCAAAGUGAAGGGGGAUGUGGAUGUUUCAGUGCCAAAGUUGGAAGGUGAUCUGAAAGGCCCUGAAAUUGAUAUCAAAGGGCCCAAACUAGACGUAGAUGUUCCUGAUGUUGACCUUGAAGGCCCAGAUGGAAAGUGGAAAGGCCCUAAAUUCAAGAUGCCUGAAAUGAACAUCAAAGCACCUAAAAUCUCCAUGCCUGAUGUGGAUUUCAACCUCAGAGGCCCCAAACUGAAAGGAGAUGUGGACGUUUCCCUACCAAAAGUUGAAGGUGAUUUGAAGGGUCCAGAAAUUGACAUCAAAGGUCCCAAACUGGAUAUUGAUGCUCCAGAUGUUGACCUGCAUGGCCCAGAAGGAAAACUGAAAAUGCCCAAAUUUAAAAUGCCCAAAUUUGGAAUGCCUGGCUUCAAGGGAGAAGGCCCUGAACUGGAUGUAAAUCUCCCAAAGGGAGACAUUGAUAUAUCUGCUCCCAAGGUGGACAUUGAAGGCCCUGAGUUAGACAUUGAAGGUCCAGAUGGUAAAAUUAAAGGCCCCAAGUUUAAGAUGCCUGAACUGAAUAUCCAUGCACCCAAGAUAUCAAUGCCAGAUGUAGAUCUUAAUUUGAAGGGUCCAAAACUGAAAGGAGAUGUGGAUGUUUCUCUGCCAAAGGUCGAAGGUGGAUUGAAAGGGCCUGACAUUGACAUCAAAGGCCCCAAAUUGGACAUUGACGCACCAGAUGUUGACUUGCAUGGCCCUGAAGGAAAAUUAAGGGGUCCCAAGUUUAAGAAACCUGAAAUGAAUUUUAAUGUUCCAAAGAUCUCAAUGCCAGACAUUGACUUGAAUUUGAAAGGUCCUAAAUUAAAGGGAGACUUGGAAGGCAACAUCAAAGGUCCUAACGUUGAAUUGAAAGGACCUGAAGUUGACUUAGAAGCACCAAAAAUAGAUAUUGAAGGGAAACCAAAGAAAUCAAGAUUUAAGCUUCCAAAGUUCAGUUUUUCUGGUCCAAAGGUUCACACUCCAGAGGUUGACAUGAAGCUUAAGAAACCAGAUGUUAAUAUCUCAGGGCCUAAAGUUGAUGUCCAAGGCCCAGAUGUUGAUGUUCAUGGAAAAGUGAAAGGCCCUAAAUUUAAAAUGCCUUCCCUGAAUAUUUCAUCACCUAAAGUUUCAAAGCCAGAUGUGGAAUUGAAUUUGAAAGGUCCUAAAUUAAAAGGUGACCUCGAUGUUUCUGUACCAAGCCUGGAAGGGGAUUUGACAGCUCCUGACAUAGAUAUCAAAGGCCCCAAGUUGGACAUUGAUGUUCCAGAUGUUGAUCUCCAUGGACCAGAAGGCAAACUCAAAAUGCCCAAAUUCAAAAUGCCCAAAUUUGGAAUGCCAGGCUUCAAAGGCGAGGGUCCUGAGGUGGAUAUAAACCUCCCCAAAGCAGACAUUGAUGUAUCAGGACCCAAAGUGGACAUUGAAACUCCUGACUUGGAUAUAGAGGGCCCAGAGGGCAAGAUCAAAGGUCCCAAAUUAAAGAUGCCUGAAAUGCAUUUUAAUGUGCCCAAAAUCUCCAUGCCAGACGUUGAUUUCAAUUUGAAAGGCCCUAAACUGAAGGGAGAUGUUGACGUUUCGGUUCCAAAGCUGGAAGGUGACUUGAAAGGACCAGAUGUGGAUAUCAAGGGGCCCAAACUAGAUGUUGACCUCCCUGAUGUUGAGCUGGAAGGUCCUGAAGGAAAACUCAAAGGUCCCAAGUUUAAGAUGCCUGAUAUGCAUUUUAAGACCCCCAAAAUCUCCAUGCCAGAUUUUGACUUGAACUUGAAAGGUCCCAAAGUGAAGGGGGAUGUGGAUGUUUCAGUGCCAAAGUUGGAAGGUGAUUUGAAGGGCCCUGAAAUUGAUAUCAAAGGGCCCAAAUUAGACGUAGAUGUUCCUGGUGUUGAACUUGAAGGCCCAGAAGGGAAGUGGAAAGGCCCUAAAUUCAAGAUGCCUGAAAUGAACAUCAAAGCACCUAAAAUCUCCAUGCCUGAUGUGGAUUUCAACCUCAGAGGCCCCAAACUGAAAGGAGAUGUGGAUGUUUCCCUACCAAAGGUUGAAGGUGAUUUGAAGGGUCCAGAAAUUGACAUUGAUGCUCCCGUUGUUGAUAUUCAUGGUCCAGAUGUCGACCUCCAUGGCCCAGAAGGAAAACUCAAAAUGCCCAAAUUCAAAAUGCCCAAAUUUGGAAUGCCCAGUUUCAAGGCAGAGGGCCCAGAUGUGGAUGUGAGCCUCCCAAAAGCAGACCUUGAUGUUUCUCUACCGAAGGUGGACAUUGAUGCACCGAGCCUGGACAUCGAAGGCCCAGAAGGAAAAGUGAAAGGGCCCAGAUUUAAGAUGCCUGACAUGCACUUCAAAUCACCCAAAAUCUCCAUGCCAGAUGUUGAUUUCAAUCUGAAAGGCCCUAAACUGAAGGGAGAUGUUGACGUUUCGGUUCCAAAGCUGGAAGGUGACCUGAAAGGCCCAGAUGUGGAUAUCAAGGGGCCCAAACUAGAUGUUGACCUUCCUGAUGUUGAGCUUGAAGGUCCUGAUGGAAAACUCAAAGGUCCCAAGUUUAAGAUGCCUGAUAUGCAUUUUAAGACCCCAAAAAUCUCUAUGCCAGAUUUCGAUCUAAAUCUCAAAGGGCCAAAAGUGAAGGGUGACGUGGAUGUGUCUGUACCGAAGUUUGAAGGUGACCUGAAGGGGCCCGACGUGGAUAUCAAAGGGCCGAAAUUAGACUUAGAUGUUCCUGAUGUUGAAGUCGAAGGCCCAGAAGGAAAAUGGAAAGGCCCUAAAUUCAAGAUGCCUGAAAUGAACAUCAAAGCACCCAAAAUCUCCAUGCCUGAUAUGGAUUUCAACCUCAGAGGCCCCAAACUUAAGGGAGAUGUAGAUGUUUCCCUACCAAAAGUUGAAGGUGAUUUGAAGGGUCCAGAAAUUGACAUCAAAGGUCCCAAGCUGGAUAUUGAGGCUCCAGAUGUCGACCUCCAUGGCCCAGAAGGAAAACUGAAAAUGCCCAAAUUCAAAAUGCCCAAAUUUGGAAUGCCCAGUUUCAAGGCAGAGGGCCCAGAUAUGGACGUGAGCCUCCCAAAAGCAGACCUUGAUGUUUCUCUUCCGAAAGUGGACAUUGAUGCAGCGAGCCUGGACAUCGAAGGCCCAGAAGGAAAAGUGAAAGGUCCCAGAUUUAAGAUGCCUGACAUGCACUUCAAAUCACCCAAAAUUUCCAUGCCAGAUGUUGAUUUCAAUUUGAAAGGACCUAAACUGAAGGGAGAUGUUGAUGUUUCGGUUCCAAAGCUGGAAGGUGACCUGAAAGGACCAGAUGUGGAUAUCAAGGGGCCCAAACUAGAUGUUGACCUUCCUGAUGUUGAGCUGGAAGGUCCUGAAGGAAAACUCAAAGGUCCCAAGUUUAAGAUGCCUGAUAUGCAUUUUAAGACGCCCAAAAUCUCCAUGCCAGAUUUUGACUUGAACUUGAAAGGUCCCAAAGUGAAGGGGGAUGUGGAUGUUUCAGUGCCAAAGUUGGAAGGUGAUUUGAAGGGCCCUGAAAUUGAUAUCAAAGGGCCCAAACUAGACGUAGAUGUUCCUGAUGUUGAACUCGAAGGCCCAGAUGGGAAGUGGAAAGGCCCUAAAUUCAAGAUGCCAGAGAUGAACAUCAAAGCACCCAAAAUCUCCAUGCCUGAUGUGGAUUUCAACCUCAGAGGCCCCAAACUGAAAGGAGAUGUGGAUGUUUCCCUACCAAAGGUUGAAGGUGAUUUGAAGGGUCCAGAAAUUGACAUUGAUGCUCCCAGUGUUGAUAUUCAUGGUCCAGAUGUCGACCUCCAUGGCCCAGAAGGAAAACUCAAAAUGCCCAAAUUCAAAAUGCCCAAAUUUGGAAUGCCCAGUUUCAAGGCAGAGGGCCCAGAUGUGGAUGUGAGCCUCCCAAAAGCAGACCUUGAUGUUUCUCUACCGAAGGUGGACAUUGAUGCACCGAGCCUGGACAUCGAAGGCCCAGAAGGAAAAGUGAAAGGUCCCAGAUUUAAGAUGCCUGACAUGCACUUCAAAUCACCCCAAAUCUCCAUGCCAGACGUUGAUUUCAAUCUGAAAGGCCCUAAACUGAAGGGAGAUGUUGACGUUUCGGUUCCAAAGCUGGAAGGUGACCUGAAAGGCCCAGAUGUGGAUAUCAAGGGGCCUAAACUAGAUGUUGACCUUCCUGAUGUUGAGCUUGAAGGUCCUGAAGGAAAACUCAAAGGUCCCAAGUUUAAGAUGCCUGAUAUGCAUUUUAAGACCCCCAAAAUCUCUAUGCCAGAUUUCGAUCUAAAUCUCAAAGGGCCAAAAGUGAAGGGUGACGUGGAUGUGUCUGUACCGAAGUUUGAAGGUGACCUGAAGGGGCCCGACGUGGAUAUCAAAGGGCCGAAAUUAGACGUAGAUGUUCCUGAUGUUGAACUCGAAGGUCCAGAAGGGAAGUGGAAAGGCCCUAAAUUCAAGAUGCCAGACAUGCAUUUCAAGGCACCUAAAAUCUCCAUGCCAGACAUGAACCUAAACUUGAAAGGGCCCAAACUUAAAGGUGAUGUGGAUGUUUCUGUCCCAGAAUUUGAAGGGGAUCUAAGAGGGCCUGAAAUAGAUAUCAAAGGUCCAAAGAUAGAUGCUCCUGACAUUGAUAUUGAGGGACCUGAUGGAAAACUGAAAGGACCUAAAUUUAAGAUGCCUGAAAUGAACAUCAAAGCACCAAAAUUAUCCAUGCCAGAUGUUGACCUCAACUUGAAGGGCCCAAAACUGAAGGGAGAUGUGGAUUUAUCUCUUCCCAAGAUUGGAGGUGAUUUGAAAGCACCAGAUAUGGAUAUACAUGGCCCUAAACUGGAUGUUUCCGUUCCUGAUGUUGAGCUUGAAUGCCCUGAAGGAAAACUCAAAGGUCCCAAGUUUAAGAUGCCUGAUAUGCAUUUUAAGACUCCCAAAAUCUCCAUGCCAGAUCUUGACUUGAACUUGAAAGGUCCCAAAGUGAAGGGGGAUGUGGAUGUUUCAGUGCCAAAGUUGGAAGGUGAUUUGAAGGGCCCUGAAAUUGAUAUCAAAGGACCCAAACUAGACGUAGAUGUUCCUGAUGUUGAACUCGAAGGUCCAGAAGGGAAGUGGAAAGGCCCUAAAUUCAAGAUGCCUGAAAUGAACAUCAAAGCACCUAAAAUCUCCAUGCCUGAUGUGGAUUUCAACCUCAAAGGCCCCAAACUGAAAGGAGAUGUGGACGUUUCCAUACCAAAGGUUGAAGGUGAUUUGAAGGGUCCAGAAAUUGACAUUGAUGCUCCCAGUGUUGAUAUUCAUGGUCCAGACGGAAAGGUGAAAUUCCCCAAGAUGAAGCUGCCCAAAUUUGGCAUGCCUGAGUUCAAAGGGGAAGGACCUCAUGUCGAUGUAAAUCUACCCAAGGGAGAAUUGGAAUUAUCAGGCCCCAGCUUGGACAUAGAAGGACCAGAAGGAAAACUGAAGGGUCCCAAAGUAAAGAUGCCUGAAAUGCAUUUCAAGACACCUCAAAUAUCCAUGCCAGAGAUUGACUUAAAUCUGAAGGGACCUAAAGUGAAGGGUGAUGUUGAUGUCGCUCUUCCCAAGGUUGAAGGCAGCUUAAAAGGUCCAGGAAUUGAUAUUCAGGGGCCAGGAAUUGAAGCUAAGGGCCCUGAGAUUGACUUGGAGUGUCCAGAUGUAAACCUUGAAGGGCCAGAGGGAAACGUUAAACUCCCAAAAUUUAAAAUGCCAAAGUUUGGAUUUGGAGCAAAAAGCCCCAAGGCAGACGUCUCCCUCCCAGAAGGUGAACUGAAUGUUGAAUCACCUGACAUCACCAUUUCUGGAAAAGGGAAGAAAAGUAAAUUCAAAAUGCCUAAAAUCCACAUGAGCGGGCCUAAAAUCAAAGGCAAGAAGGCUGGCUUUGGCGUGAGUGGAGAUAUGGAUGCAAGUAUGAAAUCGCCAGAUUUGGAAGGAAGCAUUUCUGUCCCUGAAGCAUCCCUGAAAGGAGACAUGAACAUCAAGUCACCCAAAGGAAAGAAGUCUAUGUUUGGGAAACUCUCUUUUCCUGACGUCGAGUUUGAUAUCAAAUCACCUAUGUUCAAGGCUGAUGCUUCUUUGCCAAAGGUGGAAGGGGAAAUCAAGUCACCAGGAAUAGACGUCUCCUCACCAUCUCUGAAAUCUCCAGAUCUUGACAUCACAGUUCCCAGCGGAAGUGCCAGCCUCCCCGAUGUCAAUAUUGGAGGUCCUGACAUCCAUCUCAAGAAGCCAAAGUUCAAAUUCUCAGGUGGAAAUGUCGAUCUGGCUGGUCCCAAACUGGAAGGAGACCUUCGAGGCCCAAGUGUUGAUGCCAACCUCAGCGCGCCUGACAUCAGCCUGAAAGGUCCAUCAGUGAACCUGCCAUCCAUGGAUGUUUCUGCUCCUUCCAUGUCAGCCCCUGACAUUAACUUGAAAGGACCAAAGCUGAAAGGUGAUAUUGACCUUCCCCAGAUGGAAGGACAAGGCCUAGAAGGGAAAUUAAAAUUGCCAAAAUUUGGCUUGCCAAAGAUCGGGAAGCCAGGUGUGAAAGUGGAGGGGCCCGAGGUGGACCUUCAAGGAAAACUGCCCUCAGCAAGUGUUGAUGUUUCGGCCCCAAGCAUCGGAGGAAGUAUGAGCGCUCCUGCAGUGGAUGUAAGCUUGAAAGGACCAAAAUUUGGAGGAGACGUGGGCCUUUCUGGUGACAUUAAAGGUCCAAGGAUCGGAUUUGGCACACCAGAUGUUGAUGUCAGUGGUUUUGAAGGAAAGCUUAAAAUGCCAAAGGCCCCAGGCCUUGAUGUCAAUGUGAGUGCUCCAGACCUGGACGUGAAAGCGCCAACAGUGAAAAUGGCCUCUGGAGGAGGCAUUUCAGCGCCUGACUUUGAUGUGAAUCUGAAAGGACCAAAGAUCAAAGGAGACUUCGGCAUUUCUGGCAGCAUUACAUCUCCCAAGGUGGCUGUCGAGGCACCUGACGUUAAUGUGGAAGGCUCUGGAGCUGGAAUUAAGAUUCCCUGCAUGAAGUUGCCCCAGUUUGGCAUCGCCAGUGAAGGAGGAAGUAUUUCAGGACCACAGAUCAAAGGGCCUGAAGUGGAUCUCAGAGGACAUGACAUUUCUGCCCCAGGCUUUGACUUGAAUGUGAAAGGACCAAGUUUGAAAGGUGACGUUAACGUAUCUGGUGGCAUGAAAGGUCAACAGAUCGGCGUAGGGGCACCAGGUGUGAAGAUUUCUGGCAUGGGCUUGGACGCUGGCGCUCCUGAUGUCAGCUUGAGAGGACCUUCACUCAACGUGUCAGCUCCCAAAGUUUCUGGGCCAGAACUAAACAUGGGCAUGCAGGGGUCUGGAGGCCUUCAGUUUUCUGGACCAAAGGCAGGGGUUGAUCUCAAAGGUCCCAAAUUAGAGGUCAAAGGUCCUUCUGUUGGGGUGAAUGUUCCACACAGCCAUUUAGAAAGCUCAUCUGGACAAGUGUCGUUCCCCAAAAUGAAAAUGCCAAAAUUUGUGGUUGCGGGGCAAGAGCUAACUGGAAGGGAGGUUGGGGUUGAUGUUGAGUUCCCUCAGGCGCCAGAGGCGAGCUUCCAUGCCGGGGCGGUGAAUGUGGAACUGGAAGAGCCUGACGUUAAGCUUAAGAAAUCCAAAAUCAAAAUGCCAAAGUUCCAUUUCUCAAAAUCUAAGGUCAAAGGCAGCGUUGGCUCCCCAGAGAUCUCAGUGUCUGCCUCAGGGUGCGAAGGGGAGUUACAGGCCAGCCUGGGUUCCUUGGAGGGUGAUGUGGAAGUGGAAGGAUCUGCUUCUCCGAAAGGGAAGUUCUCCUUCUUUAAGGGCAAAAAGUCCCGGCACCGGUCGUCGUCUUUCAGCGAUGAGCAUUCCUCGCAUUCGACGCCAACAGGCACACUGGAGCACGACAAAGGCAAACAGGCCAAGCUGAAAUUUGGUACGUUUGGAGGGAUAGGGACAAAAACUAAAGGUUCUUAUGAGGUAUCGGGAAGUGACGACGAAAUGAAAUGAGUGAAAUGGGGGGGGGGGUUCUCGUGUACAUAUUGUCUCUCUGUGUAUAUAUCUUAUCUAUCUCCCUUAUAUGUGUGUAUAUACAAAUUUCCUAGCUUGAAAUGCUCAGCAAUAAAAACGGGGUGCCCAGUGAAAUGGUAGGCCUUAACUGAGAAAUAACCAUGUUUUUACUGUGGUCAGGGAGUUGUCCCAACAUGAUUAUCUCUUCCAUAGAUAUAUGUAUAGAUAUCUCACAGAAACUGAUACAGCAGAUUUUUGGUUUUUUUUUGCAAAGUUCUUAAAGCAGUGAUAAUGGCAGGUAAACUUGCAUCCCAGAAUGCAUUGCCGUGCUUCCCACAAUGCACUGUGGCUGUAAUAACGGUUAAGUAGUGCCAUUUUUUUUUAUAUAAAAAAAGCGGCAACACACACAUAAUACAGAAUGCUGCUUGGUGAAUCAGCUGUAUCAGUUUGAAUUAAACAGUAUCAUUUGUGCCAUGGGUAAUAAUGCCGUUUGUGUGACGGGCACUUCUUCCGGCUACCAAUUUGAAAAGAGGUGGAACCUGGAUUUAUGUGAUAUUUAAAGCUGUGCCAUUAGGAAGGUGGGAUGUACAGUUCCUCAGAUGUAUUUUGGAAGUUCUCUCUUGUGUUUCAGGGUUGGGGGUUUGCGCUUCGUACGCUGAGAGCUUUACGUUUACUUAAGCAAGCUUUUAAAAACAUAAAUAUAUAUAUACUUUUCGACUUGCUAAAUAUCUUCAGUGUUGAUCUAUGGCAAUUGUUUUCCAUUUCAGUGACUCCCCUCCCCCUCCUGCUUUUAUCUGUGGAAGGGGGCAGCUAAAAAAAUUCUUAUCGUUUAAAAAUUGGAUGUGGUAAAAGAAAAAGAAAAAGACUCUGUAAAAAUAUAUAGAUGAAACUGAGAUGUGUCAAAUUUGGGGCCUCACAAACAGUCUUACAUUGCUGCAGAAAGGUCAGGUUUUUUUGUAUUCAUUUGAUACACCCAUGGUAUCAUUCCCAUUUUUGUCUGGUUAAAAAAAGUCACGAUAAAAUAAAUUAACCAAAGAUUUUGUGUACAUUCUUGACACCAUCUUAGUCAUCUCUAUAUAUUUGUUAUUUUUGUAUAAUGAAAUGAAAGUUUUCUGAGAUGUGGAGCAAAAUUCUUCAAGGCCUUCUAUAUUCCCUCCCAACCUUACAGAUGCUAUUUGUUAUCUACUUCCAUCUUUUUGUUUAACAAAUGUAUCUUGAUUUUAAAACAAAACAGUAAAAGGAAAAUCUUUUCAGCACUUUAAAAGCAAAUUAAUUGAGAAUAACUGAUAUUGUAAAAUGGAAAUAAAGUGUUUAUUAACCUUUUGA